UAAUCCCUCAUAAAAAGAGCUUCUGGGUUAGCUUCAAUGAUAAGGGACACACAUCAAUCUCUUUUUAACACUGUCAUUGCCCUUCACUCACUCUCUCUCCCUUUCGUUUUUGUUUCUUUUGAUUUUCCUUGGUUCAAAUAUUAAGCAAUACCCAAAAAUUUAAGCAUUUUUGUUGGUUUUUUUAGGGUGGUGCACUCAAGAAAUUCAGUUGAUCAGUUAGGGAAUCAAAAGCUGUUGUUUGUUGUCAAUCUUUCCAUAGAUGGAAAGUUUUCAGACAAUUGUUAGUUCAAUGUUUGUGAUGAUGCUACUAACUUUAGUUGUUUGUUCAGAAGAAAGUAGUAGCGGUCCAAAUGUGACAUCAAAGUAUCAGAUCGAAUGCACAAUGUGUUCUUCAUGUGCAAAUCCAUGUCAGCCAGUUCCACCACCGCCACCACCAUCACCACCACCACCAGUAGCUAACAGCAACUACUGCCCACCACCUCCAUCUCCACCGAGCUCUGGUGGUGGUGGUGGAAACUACUACUACUCUCCACCACCACCUCAAUCUGGUGGCAACAACUACUAUGCGCCACCACCGCCAAGUGGUGUCAUUGGUGGCUUGUACUACCCUCCACCUACGUACAAAAACUACCCAACACCACCUCCUCCAAACCCUAUUGUUCCUUACUUUCCUUUCUACUACCACACUCCUCCACCACCUUCAGGGUCUGACAAGUUGAUAGCUUGUUGGGUUUCAACCUUAGUUGCCAUGUAUGGUUUUUUCCUUUGUGCCGUUCGAUAUUGAAAGCUAAAGAAGAAAAAAAAUUAAAAUAAUGUGGCGGAUUGGCAGAUCUGUCGGAAACAUCUACAGCUGAGAGAAAGAAAAAAGAGAGCUGAUGGGAGCUGCUUCAAGUGGUUACAACAAUGCAAUUCUUUUCUAAAGAAAGAUCAAAAGAUUUAAAAAAAAAAAAUUUGAAGAUGGGCAAAGAAAGCAACAAAACCUGAGAAUUUUAAAAAUAUGGAGUAAUCUUUCUUUUUCCUCGGGCUCUUUUAUCUUCUUCUCAUGCUGUAGAUUGAUCUGUAAUUUGUUUCUGAUAAUUUUUGUAUCUAUUUUUGUUCCAUUAAUAUUAAUGUUAAUUGGGAAGUAAAAAUAAAACAAUUAGUCAAUUUUUGACAAUAAUUGAGCUUUUGAGUUUACAUGCUAAGCACCCUUUUUUGUCUGUAGUUUACUGAAUGGUCACGUUAGUUUCCUGUUGCAUCAAUGGGGUUUGGAUUAAGAUUGGUAUCCAAAUUUGUUGGCCCAUAAACCCAAGUUAGAGGUAAUAAGCCAGUUUAUAAUACUCCUUUCACAUCAUUUCUUCAUUUGAAGUGAGAUCAUGCAUCCAUUACUUAAAUCAAACUCUCAUUCAGUUGAUUUUUGAAGAGUAUUGAAGUAAAAAGCUCAUUGAUGGGCAUCAAUUUUUACUUGUUGAACUUAGGUGAAGUGGGUCUGUUAGAUAUUAACAUGCUUUUAUGUUUUGGUGAAAUUCAAGUCCUCCCGAGGCAUAUUACCUUUUUUUUUUU